UUCAGUAUCAUGUAACGCCAUACUGUGUCUGUACUGUAGUUGCGAAAUAAACAUGCAGUCUGAACGGGCUCGGUGCUCAUGAAUGUAUACAGCACUAUGCUUCUCGUUACUGCGUUAACGGCACUCUUCUGUGUUUGCGAGAGCUACACCAUCAGGAGCUCAGUGUCAUGGGCUGUUACCGGGGACGCGGCGGAAGAGGAGCUGGACACUCACUCGGACGAGGCGCCCGCUGUGCUCGUCGACAACAUUGGCAUCUGGAAACAGUCCUACCCGUCCUCGGUGUACCGGGAAGGGGCCGAGAAGAAGCCCGAGCAGAUUUCGAAAGGCGAGGAUGUGUCGUCCGCGUCCCGCGUGUUCUCAUAUCGGAUGGAGGAGGUGAAAGUGCCGUCCAGCAUCCCGACGCCACCGCCUCCACACGAGGAGACAGCUAGAGUCGCGCGAUACAUGGCGCAUCAGGGGGACUGGGGGCUCCUGUCGACCCUCUCCACGCUGGAGCAGAUUAGAGGACUUCCAUUUGGCAACAUCUUCUCAGUCAGCGACGGUCCAGCAGACAACAGCACUGGUGUUCCUUAUUUCUAUGUCACGCCAAUGGACAACACUGUAACUGAUCUCCGCAGCUUCCCUUUUGCUUCCUUAACCUUCUCUGAAGCAGAAGGAGAUUUCUGCAGGAAGCAGGUUUAUGACCCUGAAGACCCUAGGUGCGCUAGACUCACUUUGACUGGUAAGAUGGUGGAGGUAGGACCAGAGGAGCUUGAUUUUGCUAAAGAAGCCAUGUUCUCCAGGCAUCCGGUCAUGAAGAAGUGGCCCCCUGGACAUCAGUGGUUCUUCAUGAAGAUGGUUUUGCAGCAAGUUUGGCUUCAGGAUUGGUUUGGUGGGGUGUCCGUCGUUCCACUUGAAGAGUAUUUCAAAGCGACACCUUUCUAAGGCCAAAAUGGCAACAUCCUAUCUUGAGAAGCAGAGCUGAACUGAUUAUGGACAGAAGGUGGUUAUGCUUUUCUUGCUACUUCCAAACCAACAUAGGCUCAUUCUGAAAACGUUGCAUAUAACCUAUAUACAUUUUUGGAGAUCGCAAAUAUUGUAUCCAGAAGUACGUUUGGCUACAUUUCGUCUUUUAAACAAAUGUUACGGGGCGGUAUGACGUCGUUCCUUUUCUCGUUUACCAGUUGACUGCUUACCUCCAUAAGGACGGCUUUCCUGCUGUUACCAAUUUGUCCAGUAGCUGGCCGUGUACGUUGGCGGACUUGAGACUCAGAGAGGAGUUGAUCAUGGCAAUGGGGUUUGAGUCUGGCGAAGAAUGGUUCUAGAAAGUGCGUAAGACAAAAACAGAAGCCAAAAAAUAAAAUAAACAAGUAAAUAACAGGGUGAGACUGUGGUAAAAUCUGAAAAUGUGGUAAAAAUCAAGCAAGGGCUUUUUUGGAUUGCUUUUGAUGUUGGUUGGGUUUAGGGAAGUGAUUGGACGCUGGUCAGUUGGUGCUUUUGAAAACACUCUUCAUCAUUCAUUCAGUCGACAGCUGCCUCUGGUGGAUUUACAUGAGAAUAGCAGGUGCAAAUAACACUACCAAGAGAAUCUCGGUUUGAGAUCUUAAAAAGCGUACACAGCGCUCUCUGGUGGAUUCGCAAAAACAAAGACUGCAAAAAAACAUAGCUCCUGGGACGUAUUUUGCGAUCUCCAGAAAUGUAUAGCGGUACGUUUUCAGAACGACUCUGGGUUUUUCCAAACAGUGUUUUUUGUAGGUGUUGUUGUUGUUUUGCAGUGAUGCCAGUUCACUGCAUUAGGGUGUUCUUAACAAAUUUCAAGUAUUUGUUAAAUGAAUGAAUUGUUCAUUCAAAGAAAGUCUAAAAUUAUUAAUUAAUUAAAUAAUUCCACACUUACUAAAGUUACAUUGAAAGAAAAGUUAUUAAUUCGUUAUACAUAAACAUUCAAAUCACUCAUAUUAAAUAUUUCCACCAUUUAUGCCUUCACGAAAGUAUGUACUUUCUAUUCUGAAUGCUUUACUACACACACAAAAACUAUAUACCAAAUAGCAGUAGAGGUUUUAGCCUGUUUUCUCUAAAACUCACACUUUACGCUAUAUAUCAUUGAAGGUCUGAAUUUUCAUUAAUGGCAGACGUGUGAAAUACAAGUCAUGUGCUUGCAAAUUUAAUGUUCAUGGCAUCUAAUGCAUUUAGUUUAUGGUCAGAAUUGAGGUGUGGUGUGUUAAUACAGUAUGUUACACUACCUAAUACUAUAAUGUAAUCGUCGGCUUAAUGAAAAAUCUCAAAUAGCUGUUUGUGCCUUGCAUUACCUCCUCACAUGAGCUGCUCAAAUAAAAUUCUAAAUAAUAAGUGA